GAAGCUUGUCCUGUCUUUCAGUGACAAUUCGCAGGUUUUUCAGCCUUACGUGUUGAGAACCCGCAGGAACAGUACGACCGUUAUGAACCGUCACAGUAUGAAAAUGCAGGUGACUGAAGGUAGGCUGCCUGGGGACUGAUUUGCGAUUAAGCAGAGUGGAUGUUUGUUUUUUUCCAGUUGCUGUCGUCCUCUCCUAUUCGUAUUCCUAGCAGCCGACUUCAUCAAAUCAGAAGGGAGGAGGGAGUUGACUUAAUGAACAGAGAAACAGCACAUGAAAGGGAAGUGCAAACAGCAAUGCAGAUAAGCCAGUCAUGGGAGGAAAGCUUGAGCCUGAGUGACAAUGACUUUGACAAGUCUGAGAAAUCUUCCUCCCCAAAGAGAAUUGACUUCGUCCCAGUUUCCCCAGCACCUUCACCCACCAGGGGAAUAGGAAAGCAAUGUUUUUCACCAUCCUUACAAAUGUUUGUGAGUAGUAAUGGAUUGCCUCCAAGUCCUAUUCCCAGUCCAACAAGGCGAUUCUCAAACAGGAGGAGUCAGAGUCCAAUCAACUGCAUCAGACCCAGCGUUCUUGGUCCCAUUAAAAGGAAAGGCGAAAUGGAAACUGAAAGUCAGCCAAAGAGACUCUUCCAAGGAACUACCAACAUGCUUUCUCCUGAUGUGACACAUCUGACUGAUCUCAGUUCAUGCCUAUCUUCUGAUAUUCUUGAUGGGAGUAGCAGCAGUGUUGGCUCUUCCUCUGAUUCACUAGCUAAAGGCAGCAUUACUACAGAAUCUCCAGUAACGUGCUCAAACUCAUGCUCAUCAUUUAUUCUGAUGGAUGAUCUCUCACCUAAGUGACUUAAUCAGUUCUGAGUCAGUGUUUGGCUGUGCUUUUUCCUUGCUGUACAUUUGUACAGAGAGAUGAACUCUGAUCCUUGAACCAUUAACAGGAGGAUUAAAAUACUACAUGAAAAAUUAUUCUAACUGUAUUCCUUGGCAACUCUUCUCAGUUUUGAUUUAUCCAUUUAAUGGACAUGCAUAGACCAUAUUAAUGUCUGGUUUUGCUGAUUUUAUUUUACAAACAAGAUGUAUGUUCAGACUAUACUAACUUUGUUUGCUUCCAAAAAGGCUGCAUACACUUCUAGAUUUCCAAAUAAGCACCUACAUUUGUGUGUUUAAUUUCUAGGAAAGUAACCGCCUGCUGUCACUUAUCACAGUCACUUUAGUUGGAGAAAUACUUGGUGGUUGCAAAAAUAUAUUUUUUUUGGAAAUCCUCAUUUUUCAAGAGCAAUUUUUAGGAGUAAUUGAGAUUGAUUACUCUACGUUUUUAUUUCUUAAAAAUAAAUUACGUUUACGUGGGAGGGAUGUAUAUCCUAUUUCCCCAACUAAGUAGGUAAAAAAUUAUUCUCUCCGCUUUUUCAGCCACUACCAGCCAUUUCUCCUGUAGAAAGAAGGAAAUGUUUAGUUUCCUCUACUGCUACGUGUCAUUUUUACAGCAGUUGAACACUAUGGUUCUAGAAGUUGCUUUUUUUGUAUUUAAAAAAAAAAA